AUGGCUACUCCUCAGACCCCGCCCCAGCGGCUGGCAGUGAGGGAGCGCCGCCCCUCUAUGGGCGCCCCAAUCGUCGACAUACAGGGCUCCGUCUCGCCCGCCGGUAUCACUAGACCUAAGCACAAGCGUACCUUUACUGGUUUUGGUGCUGGCGAUAUCAAGAGCGUCGAAGCCUCCAUCCCGGAGCCCCAGCGCGCGGCAUGGACCAAACAUCAGAUCAAGACCUUCAAGGACAAGGACAGCUUCGAAACCGAGGUCGUCCGACAUGUCGAAACGACCCUGGCCCGUAGCAUGUUCAACUGCGACGAGUCGGCCGCCUACGCCGCCACCAGUCUGGCCUUCCGCGACCGUCUGAUUCUCGACUGGAAUAAGACCCAACAGCGUCAGACGUUCGCUGAUAGCAAGCGUGUCUACUACCUGUCCCUCGAAUUUCUCAUGGGCCGCGCCCUUGACAAUGCUAUGCUGAAUAUCGGUCAGAAGGACGUUGCCAAGGCCGGCCUGGAUGACCUCGGUUUCCGCAUCGAAGACAUCAUCCAGCAGGAGCACGACGCUGCUCUUGGUAAUGGUGGCCUGGGCCGCCUGGCGGCAUGCUUCCUGGACAGUCUUGCGUCCCUGAACUACCCCGCGUGGGGCUAUGGUCUGAGAUACCGCUAUGGUAUCUUCAAGCAAGAGAUCAUUGAUGGCUACCAGGUCGAGGUGCCAGAUUACUGGCUAGAUUUUAACCCUUGGGAGUUCCCUCGCCAUGAUGUGACUGUGGAUAUCCAAUUCUAUGGUAGUGUCACCAAGACACAGGAUGAGUCUGGCAAGACCCGCGCCCACUGGGAGGGAGGAGACCACGUCACGGCCAUUGCUUACGAUGUGCCGAUUCCUGGUUAUGACACCCCCUCUACAAACAACCUCAGGCUGUGGUCCAGCAAGGCAGCCAGCGGAGAGUUUGACUUCCAGAAGUUCAACUCUGGAGAAUAUGAGAGCUCCGUUGCUGACCAGCAGCGCGCCGAAACCAUCAGCGCUGUACUGUACCCCAACGACAACUUGGAGCGUGGUAAAGAGCUCCGGCUGAAGCAGCAGUACUUCUGGGUUGCCGCAUCGCUCCACGACAUUGUCCGCCGCUUCAAGAAGACGAAGCGUGCCUGGAGUGAGUUCUCCGACCAGGUUGCUAUCCAGCUCAACGACACCCACCCCACUCUCGCCAUUGUAGAACUUCAACGUAUCUUCAUCGACGUUGAAGGCCUGGAGUGGGAUGAGGCCUGGAACAUUGUCACCCAGACCUUUGGCUACACCAACCACACCGUCCUCCCUGAGGCAUUGGAGAAGUGGAGCGUGCCGCUGAUCCAGAACCUGCUGCCCCGUCACCUGCAAAUCAUAUAUGACAUCAACCUCUUUUUCCUGCAGACUGUCGAGAGGGCGCACCCAGGUGACCGCGAGCUGUUGAGCCGCGUCAGCAUCAUUGAGGAGUCACAGCCCAAGAUGGUGCGCAUGGCCUACCUGGCCAUUGUCGGGUCCCACAAGGUCAAUGGUGUCGCUGAAUUGCACUCCGACCUCAUCAAGACCACAAUCUUCAAGGACUUUGUUGAGAUCUACGGCCCAGACAAGUUUACCAACGUCACGAACGGCAUCACGCCUCGCCGGUGGCUGCACCAGGCCAACCCGCGUCUUUCUGAGCUCAUCGCCAGCAAGACCGGGAGCUACAACUUCCUCAAGGAUCUCUCCGAGCUCAACAAGAUUGAGCUUUCCGUCAAUGACCAGGACUUCCGUAAGGAGUGGCAGGAGAUCAAGUACGCCAACAAGGUCCGCCUCGCCAAGCACAUCAAGAACAGCACGGGUGUGACCGUCAACCCUGCCUCCCUGUUCGAUGUACAAGUGAAGCGGAUCCACGAGUACAAGCGCCAGCAGCUCAACAUCUUCGGUACCAUUCACCGGUACCUCACCCUCAAGGCAAUGUCGCCUGAGGAGAGGAAGAAGGCCCAGCCGCGCGUGACUAUCUUCGGAGGAAAGGCGGCCCCUGGCUACUGGAUGGCCAAACAAAUCAUUCACCUGGUCAACAAUGUCGGAGCUGUGGUCAACAAGGACGAGGACAUCGGCGACCUGCUCAAGGUGGUUUUCCUGGAAGACUACAACGUCAGCAAGGCCGAGAUCAUUACCCCUGCCUCAGACAUCAGCGAGCACAUUUCUACUGCCGGUACCGAAGCUUCGGGCACCAGCAACAUGAAAUUUGUGCUGAAUGGUGGGCUCAUCAUCGGAACCUGCGACGGCGCAAACAUCGAGAUCACACGCGAGAUUGGCGAGGAAAACAUUUUCCUCUUCGGCAACCUGGCAGAGGACGUUGAGGACCUUCGGCACGCGCACACGUACGGAUCACACGCCAUCGAUCCUGACCUGGCCAAGGUCUUCAAGGCUAUCGAGGAUGGCAUGUUCGGGCAGCCUCACGACUUCCUGGCCAUGAUCUCUGCGGUGCGCGACCACGGCGAUUACUAUCUGGUGUCGGACGACUUCCACAGCUACAUCGAGACGCACGCGGUCAUCGAUGAGUCGUACAAGAACCAAGACCAGUGGCUGACCAAGUCGAUCACCAGCGUGGCGCGCAUGGGAUUCUUCAGCUCUGAUAGGUGCAUCAACGAGUAUGCCGAGGAGAUCUGGAACAUCGAGCCGCUCGCGGCGGACAAGCCCGAGGGAACCAACAACGGGGAAUUGUAA